UGGCCAAACAGAAAAAGCAGCGAAGUGUUUUGUGCCAACCGGGUGCGCACCGAAACGUGCGGAAACAGCGAACGACAGGCUAGGGGGGGAAAUAGGGGGGAGCAUCAAGCAGCGUUUGUCCAAGUGGCAAAAGUUUAUGGCCAACCCUUUGUCGACGACAAAAAUGACCAACCCGAUUCGCGGCCUUGUCAGCAAGCGGCGGAUACGCUACAUUCAAGAUGGGUUCGAUCUGGAUCUCACAUAUAUUAACGAUCGAAUCAUCGCCAUGGGCUAUCCGGCUGAGCAGCUGGAAUCACUGUACCGUAACAAGAUCGAGGACGUGCAAAAGAUGCUAGAGAAGAAUCACGCUGGAUGCUAUAAGAUCUACAACCUUUGCUCGGAGCGGAACUACAACCAUGAGCGCUUUCCGAACUACUCCGGAUAUCCCUUCAAGGACCACAACCCACCGGACAUCGAGCUGAUCAACUCGUUUUGCGAAGACGUUGAUAAGCACCUUCGAGCGGACAGCAAAAAUGUGGUAGCCGUACACUGCAAAGCCGGCAAAGGACGAACAGGUACAAUGAUAUGCUGCUACCUUUUGUACAGUCGGCAGUUCAAUACGGCCGCUGAGGCGCUGCACUACUAUGGUCAGAGACGCACCAGGGACAGCAAGGGCGUUACGAUUCCGUCCCAACGACGAUACGUCGAGUACUACGCGACGCUUCUUAGAAGCAGCGAAACUUACCGCCCGGUGACGUUAUACAUCUGCGAAAUACGACUAUCGCACCCGAUUAACGUUAAGGAAGGCACAAUCACCGUUAAGGGACAAAACCCAGUGCCUUUGCCGGAGUUCAAGCGUGUCGAUGACAGCUUAGUGGCAAAGCUCGACUACUGCAUGCCCCUGGCCGGUGAUGUAAAAAUCGAAUUUGCCAAGAGUUUGGUUUUGCGCAAAGAAAAACGAUGCCAUUUCUGGUUUAAUACGUACUUUGUGGAAAAGUUGGCGAUGAAAGAUGCCGAGAGCAACCUACUGUUAACGUUUGGCAAAUCGGAAAUUGAUGACGCUCACAAGGAUAAGCAGCAUAAGGAGUACCCUAAUAACUUUACGGUUACGAUGAUCCUACGAAGGGUACCGCCCGGUAAAUAUUCAGACACCGUCAGCCUAAAAAAGUGUCAAUAUCCCGUCAGUCCUGUGACGAAUUCUCCUAUCAUCAAGUGCAACCUGGAUAACAGUACGCAGCAGCUCCUAGUGCAUCCCCAGCAGCAAUCGCAACACCAGCAGAGACUGCUCCAACAAUCCCAGGGACAAAACCAUGUUGCUCACCACCGACAGCUGAACAGUGAACCGUACUGGCCAUCAGUAACUAACUAUCAGAACAUGAACUGUAUCGAUGGGAACAUCAAAGCGGGAGUGCAUGGAGCGCAAUGCAACCAUCAAGCGCAACUUUCCCCGCAACAGCAGCAAGUUUCCCAGACAAUGCUUCAAAACCGACGGUGUGACACGUGUGAAGAAUACGAAAACAAUCACUGCUUGGAGUACUCGGAAACGUCCAGCUCAGAGUCGUCCACCGAGGAGGAAGGCUGGGAUUCCGGGUCCGUUAUCAACAGCAUACGUCACCACCAUCAACCCAUCACCACAGCCACUUCUACCACCACCACCACCUCCACCGUGCCCAGCAACAGCAACAACAAUAACGAUAGUCGUAAUAAAAUUCCUGCUACCGUCCAACGGCAGCAACAGUUGUAUCAUCCACCCCAUCAUCAACAAAAUCAUACCCACGAUGGCGAUGACGACCUGCAUGGUAAAGUUCCGAGCACGAAUCAACUGGCGUCGUCGAUCGUUUCGGCUACUUCCUCUCAUGAAAUGUCGUCGUCAGUGUCUUCGCCGUUAUCGACUAGUACGAUGAAAUCGCCUAUUAAAAAAUCGGCCUCGGCAGUUGAAACAGUGGUCACCAGUGCCGCCCACAAACUCAACAGUAAACUACGACGAAUGUCAACCAACGCGAUCCUUAGUUUUAGUGUUCAUACUAGCGGUAGCAAUAAUUGUAAAUCUAACAAUAAAACUGGUGCGAAUGAUAACGGUAACAGCAGCAAAAGCAGCGGCGUUAACAGUAGUACCAAUAAAUGUGAUAUUUUCAAUCUGAUGUCGCGGUCUGCAGUGAAUGCCCAGUAUCAGCAACAACAGCAUCAGCAGCAUCAGCAAGAGCACCCAAUCAAUGGUCAAGGAUCAAAUCCAUCAAGUCCGGUAACAAGUCCCGUUAAAGUGGUAGGUCGUAGCAUGAGUAACGACCCUGGACCUGUUGCUAACAAAACCACAGCUGAUCAACCAAGACGCGAUUCGCUCCCCAUCAUCGGCGGUCUCCUGUCGUCGUUCUCGUCCUCGUCGGUAUCAUCUUCGAACUCAUCCUCGCUUUCCUCAUCUACGUUCGGAACGGGUAGCGUCAAUCAUGGACCGCCCGCGCUCAGCACCCUAACCGGGAACCACAAACACCAUAAACUUCAUGCGUUAUUUUCUGUUAGUUCCUGUUAUAAUGGGUCCUCCGGUAGGGAUCCUGACGACAACGACGAUGCUGACAACGAUGGUUGUCGUAAAGGUAAAGGCGGUGGCGGCGGCAGAGGCAGCGGCGUUGGUGAUGAUGAUGAUGAUGAUGAUGCUGACGAUGACGAUGGACGUGACAUCAAAGUCGUUGGCGAAGGUAGCGAACGGCGCAAGGUUGGUGGCUGCGGUGGCACCAGUAACAGCGACAGCGGUCGAAGCAGUACCGAAAUUGUGCCCGAGGCAAACGGCACUACUGACCACGUCGCUGGGUCCGGCUCUGAAAAUAUGGUUUAAGAAUGAUCGAGUACGAACAGGAAAUUAUUUUUGGCAGUUUUUUUCAAUGAGAAUGAACUACGCUGCAAUGACUGACGGAAAUGUUGAUUUGUAUUAACGGACAGAAUAUUGCCCCAGAUCGCUCUAAGCAGUAUUUGUAGAUAAUCUGACUGAUAGAAAUAUCACCUUACAGAGUGAUUUUUUUGGGUGCGCAUCAUUUUGUGUUUUGCUGAUUGCCAAAGGAAAAUUGUUUGUACGUUGCAAGAAAAUGUAUGAAUUUUAAAAAGAAUCUUUGGUAUGAAAUCAGCAUCUAUUUAUUGGUUUAGUAUUCUUCAACAAUACUACUUGUAAAAUGAAUCAUGUUGAUUGUUAUAUCUUUGCUAGCUCACUUUCUUAAAAUAUAAGAGAAGAUAUUAAAACAGAGUUUUCUAUUUACGAACUUGAAAAGCACUUGCAUUUGCUACGUUUGUUAGUUACAAAACGAAAAGGAAAAAUGUCUACAAACGUGAUACACGUUGUCACACAAAUGUAGGUAAAAAGUUUCAGACAGGAAAAUAUUUUACAAUAAUUUCAAGUUUGUUUGCUGCGUAGUUCGUUCUCAUUAGUAACAAUAACAAUAUGACGAAUGUGAAUUUUUAUUGCACUACUGCAAAUAAAAGUUUUCCUGGAACGAAUACAAAAUGGAAAGUUUCAUAUGUUCUUAAACGAAAAAUUAAACCGCUUUCGCGGUUGUUCAUUAUACGGAUUUCGCUAGCAAAACGCUUUGAACGGAAACUGGCAAAAAUAAAACAAAAACAAAAAAUUAAAAAAAAGAAAUGCGAUUUGUGAUAACCGAAAAGUACGAGAAGUGAACUUUGCGAAAGCAAGAAGCGUUAGUCGAUAGGUUUGUACGUUAAGCUAGAUUUUAAACGCAAAACUAAUUUUAGUACAUAUUUGCGAAAUUAUUCGAGUCGUGCUUGUUUUUCUGCAUCAGCUUGUUCCGAUGCUGGAUUUUGCAUGCAAAAGUUCAAAGAUGCAACACAGGUUGCGUUGUGCGUGACAUUAAUUUGGUGGAAUAAAAAACGUGCAUUCAAAUUGAAUGGAUUUCAACACCGUAACAAGGUUUGAAUUGUCUGAUGUACCAUUGAACUUUUGCGUGUCUAACGAAUGUUUGCAAAGCGAUUUUUAUCGUCGGUUACUUACAACUUCAGAGUAGCUAGGGGUUUAAAGUUAUGUCCGCAUUUGGGUGGACUUUUGAUAGAGCUUUGGAAUGCAAUUUCAUUAGGUAUUAGCUUGCCAUUUGCGUGCUACUCUCCAUGAAAGAAGAAGCCGUCAUCAAAAACAAGCAAACAAACAGAAAUAGUUAUAACAAUACUAAAAUAACCGGAACACAUUGUUUAUACUUAAAACCUGCUUUUGCUGUUAGAGUGACGGUCGGAUAACCAUAAUCUAUUGGCAUUUUGUAGAACUAAAUCAUUUGAACGAAGAAAAAUCAAAAUAUUUGCAUUAAUCGUAUAAUAAAAAUUUAUCAUCAAAUUUAUCAAUUUUGCGAUGAACGAUAAAAUGUUGACAGGAAAAACAAACUACACAUAUAUUCUAGGAUUACGCUUUUUUCGGCAUAGACAAUGGUAACUAUUGUAAUCGAGGAUAGUAAUGAACAUUAAUUAAUCCCACAUUUAAAACAACCCAUGGAAAUCAACUAAAAUGACCGUCAGUUCUUGAAUGUUUAAGUGUAGCAUUUGAAAUCAAACUAUUUUAUCGUACUAUCAGUGGACGAGCGACGAAGCUACAUAAGCAGCAAACAAAAGGAUGAGGAAUUCAAAGUUUGUAUAUAGGUAAACUCUCCUCUCCUUCCUCUCCAUCAAAAUCAACCAAUUCAAUCCGUAAGAACAUUUGGAAACUAAACAUUUAUUGUCCACCCCACGCGAAUGGCGAAUUUCCGUGAAACGAACGAAACACAUUAAGAGAGAAGAAAAAUAAAAAGUACAAAUAAAUGUUAAGUGAUCUAUUAGAAAA